AUGACCUCCAAAGAAAAUCUCGAUAGCGAAGCUUUAAAAUCUCGUAUAGAUGAACAAGGUAAUCAUGUUCGUGAUUUAAAAAGUAAUCCUAAUAGUAGCAAAGAAGAAAUCACAGCUGCUGUAGAACAAUUAUUAAAAUUAAAGGAGCAAUAUAAAACAUUAACAGGUAGUGAUGUUCCAUCAAGUGGUGGAGCAGCACCACGAAAAGAAAAAGAAAAGAAGCCAGCAGCAAAAAAUCCGGAACAUGAACAAAACUCAGCAUCUGCUCAUACUGAUUUAAAAAAACACACAAAACUUGGUAUUGAAGCUAAAAAAGAAGAAGAUCUUGCUGAUUGGUACGGACAAGUUGUUCGUAAAGGUGAAUUAAUUGAAAAUUAUGAUGUAUCAGGAUGCUAUAUACUUCGUCCAUGGGCUUAUUUUCUUUGGGAACAAAUAAAAGCUUUUAUAGAUGCCGAAAUAACUGAAAUGGGAGUACAAAAUUGUUAUUUUCCAUUGUUUGUUUCUCAUCAUGCACUUUAUCGUGAAAAAACUCAUAUUGCUGAUUUUUCUCCGGAAGUUGCUUGGGUAACAAAAUCAGGUGAUAGUGACUUAGCUCAACCAAUUGCUGUACGUCCAACAAGUGAAACAAUUAUGUAUCCGGCAUAUGCUAAAUGGAUUCAAUCACAUCGUGAUCUUCCAUUAAAAUUAAAUCAAUGGAAUAAUGUUGUUAGAUGGGAAUUCAAAAAUCCACAACCAUUUCUUCGUACACGAGAAUUUCUUUGGCAAGAAGGUCAUACAGCAUGGGCAACUGAAAAAGAAGCUUCGGAGGAAGUUUAUCAAAUUCUUGAUUUAUAUGCAAGAGUCUAUAGUGAUUUACUUGCUAUACCAGUUAUUAAAGGACGUAAAACAGAAAAAGAAAAAUUUGCUGGUGCUGAUUGGACAACAACAAUUGAAGGUUAUAUUGCAGCUAGUGGUAGAGGAAUUCAAGCAGCAACAUCACAUCAUUUAGGUCAAAAUUUUUCGAAAAUGUUUGAUAUCACAUUUGAAGAUCCACAAACACAAGCUAAACAAUAUGUUUAUCAAAAUUCUUGGGGUUUGACUACACGUACAAUUGGUGUUAUGACAAUGAUACAUGGUGAUAAUCAAGGUUUAGUUUUACCACCACGCAUAGCUAAAUAUCAACUUGUUAUUGUUCCAUGUGGUAUGACAGCAUCAUUAUCUAAAGAAGAUGAAGAUGCAUUAAUUAAUACCUGUAAAGAAGUUGAAACAAAAUUGAAAAAGGCUGGAUUACGUGUAUAUGGUGAUUACAGAGACAAUUAUAGACCAGGAUGGAAAUUCAAUCAUUGGGAAAUGAAAGGUGUUCCAAUUCGUAUUGAAAUUGGUCCAAACGAUAAAUCACGUUCACAAUUAACAGUUGUACUUCGACAUACAGGAGCUAAAUCAACAAUACCAAUUGAUAAAAGUGAAACAAAAUUACAUGAAAUGCUCAAUCAAAUGCAUAAUGAUUUAUAUAAAAAAGCAAAAGAUGAAUUUGACAGUCAUACAGUACUGGUUAAAGAUUGGACUGGUUUCUUAAAAGGUCUUGAUAAUUCAUGUAUAAUGUUAGCACCGUUCUGUGGUGAAAUGGAAUGUGAAGAUCGAAUUAAAAAAGAUAGUGCACGCGAUGCUGUUGUCGAAGAAGGUGCACCAGCCAUGGGAGCUAAAGGUUUAUGUAUACCAUUUGAUCAACCGGAAAAAAUUGCUAAAAAUCAACGAUGUUGUCAUCCAGAUUGUAAAAGUCCAGCAAAAUAUUAUACAUUAUUCGGACGAAGUUAUUAA